AACUUGAAAACAUCUUUCUUGAUAUUAGACAAGAUAACCGCGGAUUUUAGGCUCUUUUCUACAGGAAUUUUGUAGUUUGGAAGUGGAAAUGAGUCAGGGGGAUCGUUUAGCACGUACUCUUCAAAGAAUUGGUUGUCCAAAAGCAAAGCAUUUUACAGGAGAGAGCCUAGAGUGGUUGUUUGAGAACCAGCCAUCUUUACCUUUUCUCGAGUGGUUCUGCGAUAAUAUAUCUGGUGAUAAUGUACUGAGUGAGGAUGAACUCACAAGAUAUGAGGAGCUAGUUUCUUCUGGUGAGGGUAUUCUGGAGGGUGAUAAACUUACUGAGGCCUUAUCAUGUGCGCAAGGGACAGAUGAAAGAGUUGAGAGGUCUAUUGAUGCUAUAAGAGAAGAAAUAGAGUCCUUGAAGAGAACAAGUGAACAAACAAAUAAAAGGUUGCAGAAACUGGUGUUUCACAGGAAUAAGCUGAGUCUUCAUCAAACAAGGUGUGCUCAUCAGCUGUCCCAAGUCAGCGGUGUAGAAAAACAAGAAAUGAAGAACUACAAGAAAUGCUUAGAAUUAAGUCAAGUUGACAGUAAUGAGAUGGACCUUGCAAUUUCUAAUCUUCAGCAAAUAGUUUGUGAUUUGACUAGCCUAUAUACCCAACAAGGUCAAGAGCGUGAUAAUGCCAAGGUUUUCUUGUCUCAGAUGUCAUAUCAGGAUUUUUUUGAUUCAGAGGAGAAGUUCACUAGUGAGUUAACCUUGUACACAAAGAAACAGUUUUUUGAGGGUAUAGCCGACAUGGCAGGAAGAGGGGAUAAAAGUCGUUAUGAUCUGCUAGAGAUAAGUGAUCCCACCGCACUUCUAAUUAGAGGAGAAAGUGAAGAAGUUACCAUGAAUGACUGUAAAGAACUAGCAAGACUACAGUCUGUCUUUGCAUUGAGUGAAAGCAAGAGAAUUGAUGCAGAAGCUUCCAGGAUGGGUGUUAAAACAGCUUUAUCACUGGCUAAAGAAAAGGAUAGAGCAAUGUUAAGACAUCAUCAUGUGAUUGAUCAGUUGUUACUUCAAAGGUCCAGAUAUGAAUUCCUGUCUAUGACUCUUGAAGUGGAGGCUCAUAAACACAGAGAUAUUCACAGGUUACUUUGUGCUGUAGAAUCAGGCUUACAGCAUCUAUCAAGCAGCAUAGAAGAACGAAUUAAUAAAAUGUCAGAGCCAGCUCUCCUUCCACUAGAUGCUAGGCGUGGUACAAUAGAUAGCAGAGAUGUAUUUGUUGGUCACCUGCACAAGAUGCUCAAGCCGUCAGACACACCAGAUCAAGAGGGACAACUGUUCUUAACAUACAACCAACUUGUUGACUGGAGCAGCAGAUUGAUUGGUCGAGUACAGGAAUUACAGUACACACUACAAAGCACCCAACAGCAUCAAGAAAACACCCUCAGAAAACUGGAGGUGAAUGUACAGCAGUGUCAAAAGGCUGCAUAUGGUGGAUCUACAACUGCUGGGGGUCUUCCUCAACUAACGCCACAGCGUUUAGGUGAUUCACUGGUUCAGCUAGAAGAAGUAUUAUCUACACUUGAACAAUCGAUAAAAGACAUCAUCAAGGACGUUGAGGGAAAGAAAAAGGUUCUUCGAUCUGACAAUCUUAAGGCGAUGAAGAGAGAGUUGUUCGUGUGCUUCUUCACAGACACAUCCAGGUUAAGGCGAGCCAUAGCAGAACUAGCUGCACGGGUUGAUGCGCAGAUUGUUUCAACUCAGUGACAUCAUAUAAACGUUGGUACGUGUUGUUAGAUAAUAGAAUACAUAAAUAUCGUUAAUACAUCCAGCAAACAAUGAUGUAUAAAUGGUGUAUAAAUGCUGUGGCGGAUUUAGGGGGGGGAGUUUAUUGGGUGCAAAUGAACCCCCCUCCACCUUGGUACCUUGGAUUUUUUAUAUUUUUUUAGAUAAGUAAAUAAAUGUAUGUUACUAACUCAUGAGAUUUAAUA